GCCCCAAUUCCCAGUAGCAGUCAGCGAAUGGUCGGACUUGGUGGUGGCUGAGGUUGGAAAUGGAAGCAGUGGCUCAUCAUCAUCAUCAUCAUCAUCUUCGUCCUCUCAACUUCAACAAUCCUCCUCAUCCUCAUCCCCAUAAAUUUAAACAUUCCUUUCGCCUUUACUUCUCCUCUUCUCCUCCACCUCCACCACAACAGGUAAGACAUGAAAGCGCGGUUCCGAAGCUCGAAUACAAACCUGGAGUCUUUGAUGAUUUGUUCCUCAACUUGUUCCGUGACAAAAUGGUGCAGGAGGUUGGAUGGGAUUCAGACAAGGCCGGAUACGGUGGACUUAUAGAAGUUGCAAACCAUCUUGUGAUGAAAAGCAAAUCCAAUUCUAACACUACAGAAGCAGCGGUACGAAUAUUGAGAUCGUUAUUUCCACCAUGGCUGUUGGAGCUGUAUAAAAUGCUUGUAGCACCCCUGGCAGGUGGAAAAGUGGCUGCCGUUAUGGUCGCAAGAGUGACGGCACUUACUUGUCAAUGGCUAAUGGGAAGAUGCACUGUUAAUUCUGUGGAUCUACCUGAUGGAACCUCAUGCGCUAGUGGGGUGUUUGUUGAGAAAUGCAAGUACUUAGAAGAAAGCAAAUGUGUGGGGAUUUGCAUUAAUACUUGUAGGCUUCCUACGCAGUCUUUCUUCAAGGAUUACAUGGGUGUUCCUCUUCUAAUGGAGCCAAACUUCACCGACUAUAGCUGCCAGUUCAAAUUUGGUGUGAACCCUCCACUGCCCCAAUAUGAUGCCAUUCUUAAGGAGCCUUGCUUGGAGAUAUGCCCCAAUGCCACUAGACGAAGAGAACUUGCCAGUAACAGAACUGCUGAUCAGCGAUGCCCCAAGGCUUGAAGUUGUUUAUUUUUGUUACAUUUUCCCACAUUGUGUUGGGAAUCAUAAGUUGUACAUAAUUUCUAGCUUUCAGAAAUGUAAUGAUGGCCUCUUGAAUGGCGUAAUAUUAUACUCGGCCGAUCCAGUUUGUUAUAUUUAACUGAAUCACUGCGAGGUUACAAACUGACAUAACUUCUUAAUGUUUACAGAUUUAUAUACUUGUGUCUCAAAAAACUAGAAGUAACAACUUUGUGCAGGAAACGCAACCAUUUGUACAAAGAACGUUAU